CCGCAGAAUCCAUUCUCAGUUUUCCCUACAUAAUAGUCUUCUCUUUCACACUGAGUCACUGACACUGACUGUAUCCAUAGGGAUAAGCUUCUUCAGUCUUCUCUUCCCUGACAGCAGAAACAACUUCCUUUUCAUGCUGCGUUGCCUCCAAAGUCUCAAAUCCAAAACCCCACAGCUCCAUUUUCCUUGCGAGAACUCCAUCUCUGGGAACAUUUGAUGUGUUGGUUGUGGUCAAGAAGGGGCACUCUAUGCCGAUUUCUUGAAUUUCUGGCUUCCUCACUAGCCCUUUCAGGUAUCAAACUCUGAUUACUUAGUUCCCUCUUCAAUUAUAUCCGGUUCAUAGUCUUUGUUUUCUGCUUUAUUUUAUUAUAGAGCCCUUCAAAUUCCUGGAUUUGGACCGCAUUUUUCCUAAUAAUCAUUGAAAUGUGAUUCAUUAGCCUUGAAUUUCAUGAUCACUGAUGCCUUGAAUUAUUCCUUUUCUUGAGUCUUUCUUCUUUCAUUCUUUACAUUAUUCUCAGUUUUGAAUAUCUUGAUAUUCACCUAGCUUUGCCCCUUGUCUUUCCUGCAUAAUGUGAAAUUUGAAGUUCAAUGGCCUUGAUAUUUCUUGAUUAUGUUGUGGCUUUGUAAGCUUCUUGUUUUUGUUGCAUAGCUAAGCAUAUCAACAAUGCUUGAACAGGACAAAUCCUUCCAUAUUUCACCUUUUCUGCUCUCUGUCUUCACUGGGUUCUUUCUAUUUCAUCUUGUCCUCUCAAAAAUUCCCUUAGGUUCAAAACUUUCUGUAGAGGAAAAUAGCUCAUGGGUUUCUCCCAUUGGUGAUUUUGCUAUUGGGUUCUUUAACCAUUCUGAUCAGCCUAAUCAGUAUGGUGUUGGAAUUCGCUUCAAUUCAAAAUCCAUUCCCGUUGGUAAACAAACUGUGGUUUGGGUUGCUGGAGCUGAAAUUACUGUUGGUAACAAGUCCUAUUUCCAGCUUUCUCAAAGUGGGGAACUUGUUUUGGUUGAUUCCUUGAAGGGAGUCAUGUGGACCAGUAAGACGAGCCGAUCAGCUGUUGUUUCAGCCCUUCUUCGUGAUGAUGGCAAUCUUGUUCUACUGGAUGAAAUGGGGUCAGUUGUUUGGCAAAGCUUUGACAAUCCUUCUGACACAAUUCUUCCGGGCCAGAGUUUAUCCAUUUAUAAAACACUUAGAGCUGCUAGCAAAAAUUCUGUGUCAAGUUACUACAGUCUUUAUAUGAAUGCUUCAGGCCAGUUACAGCUAAGGUGGGAAAGUGAUGUCAUGUACUGGACCAGCGGAAAUCCAUCUAUGUCCAACCUCAGUGCUGUGCUUACCUCUGAUGGAAUUCUGCAACUUGUGGACCAAACUUUGAAGCCUAUGUGGUCUGUCUUUGGAGAUGAUCACAAUGACGCGGUAAAUUUUCGAUUGCUAAGGCUAGAUGUUGAUGGGAAUCUGCGGAUGUACUCAUGGGAAGCUGUUUCAAAGUCAUGGAGAUCAGUCUGGCAAGCUGUUGAGAAUCAGUGCAAUGUCUUUGCAACAUGUGGCGAGCAUGGUGUCUGUGUUUUCAAUUCAUCAGGCUCCCCUGAAUGCCGUUGCCCAUUUAAGAUAACAUCUGAUCCUAACUCAAAAUGUUUUGCACAGGAUUGUAAAUCUGCUUCCAGUAUGGUUACAUAUGAGCACACCUCUCUUUAUGAGAUUUAUCCACCAACUGACUCAAUUAUCCUAACUAGUUUACAGCAAUGCGAAGCCUUUUGCCUGAGGAACUCAUUUUGUACAGCUGCAACGUUCACAAAUGAUGGAACUGCUAAAUGCCUAGUGAAAACAACUCCUUACUUCUCUGGCUAUUCAGGCCCCUCUUUAAGUUCUGUAUCUUUUAUCAAGACAUGUUCAGACCCGUUACCUGUUGAUCCCCAUGCUUCAAGAUCUUCUUCAGCACAAUCUCCAGCCAAGCACUCUCAUAGGUUGUGCAUUCCUUGUCUAGUUGGAGCUGCCUCAGGUACAUUUGUUUUAUUUGCCGUAAUUCACUUAGCUAUUGGCUGCUACAUCUAUAGAAGAAGAAAUAUGAUUUGGAAGAAAGCUGCCUUGGCCUGCAUGACCAGUAAUUCAAAGGGUUUGAUGAUGUUAUCCUUUACUGAGAUCAAGGAAAUCACUGGAAAUUUCAAGCAUCAAAUUGGGCCAAAGACUUAUAGAGGUGUUCUUCCGAACCACCAGCCAGUAGCAAUUAAGGAAUUAGAAACAACCAUAGAAGAAAGGAAGUUUCGAGCUGCUGUUUCAAAAAUAGGAAGCAUACAUCACAGAAACUUGGUGAAGCUUAAUGGCUAUUGUUGUGAGUUAGGUAAAAAAAUUUUGGUUUAUGAGUAUGUCAAAAAUGGUUCUGUGCAUAAUUAUAUGGAAGAUGAUGAAUUGAGUAAGAGAUUAACUUGGAGAAGGAGGCUUAACAUAUGCUUGGGUGUGGCAAGAGCUAUUUGUUAUUUACACACAGGAUGUAGGGAGUUUGUAAGCCAUGGAACCUUGAAGUGUGAAAAUGUAGUCUUGGAUAAAAAUUAUGAGGCCAAGGUGAGUGAAUUUGGGUUGGGGAUAGUUCACCCUGAGGCAUCAUGUGUUCGAGAGAAAGAUGUGGAGGAUGUUGGCAAAAUGUUGUUGAUAUUGGUAACCGGUUGUCUUCAGGUCGGGGAGGUUUGUGAGUUGGCAUACAAGGAAUGGAUCCAGGGUCGCCCAGAGAGGGUUGUGGAUAACAGAAUCGAUGGUGGGGUUGAUAGAGAGGAGCUGGAGCGAAUGUUGAGAACUGCAUUUUGGUGCCUUCAAAGUGAUGAACGAAUGAGACCUUCAAUGGGUGAGGUAGUGAAAGUACUGGAAGGCACAUUGACAGUUGAUCCUCCACCACCUCCUUGUGCCAGCCAGAGUUUACCAGCAAAAGAAGCGUUGUUGGAGUCAAGCUCAGAACCAUAGAAUCCAGCUGAACUAUGAUGAUCUAAUUUAUUUUUCUUCUCAUUUUCAUUGUGUAUAGUAGGACUAACUGUGCAUGGCAGUGUCUAUAGUGUACUCUUGAGAAGAAAGUUCCAACGAGAUCUCCCUAAAGUGAAAUGUUCAUCUCCUUCUGCA